AUGUCUCAACCAGAGAUCACGGCCUUCGCCAACGAGCUACUUGACAAAAUCUUCGCCUACCUUAUCGACAAGAGCGACUGGCUUGCUUUAUGCAAGACACAUCGUAGCUUCAAAGCCUCGGGCCAGCGACUUCUAUUCCGCGAUAUCCAGAUAGCUUCGCAGCACAGCGCACAUUCUACGGGGCGUUGUUCAAUGCUACUAGGGGCGCUCAUAGCCGCCUCGCACCUUGUGGAUUUGGUGGAGACUCUACAAGUUGACUGUCGUCUCAGAGAGGACCUCGUAUUCGAGCGAGACUCGAUCCACGCUAUUCUUGCCAAAGUACAGAGCAUACAGCGCUUGACUAUUUUCAUCGUGGAUCAGCCGGACAAGUAUCAAACGUACUCGCUGAUAGAAAAAGGAAUUGUUCCUAUGUUGCAAAACCAAGCAAACGUCAAACGAAUCAACAUCGACUGUCCUACACGCCACUUAUUCGAGGCUAGGAUGCUAUUCGCUCGCACAUCAGCCACGACGCUACACGUACGAGAAAAUAUCCCACAUCAGCAAGUUCCAGGAUUUUCCAGGGAGCCAGGCAGACAGAUACGCAGCGUAGAUCUUAGGAAUUUGACAGCCAUCGACUACACCCGGAAUAUAUCGUUCUGGUCCGCCCGGAUAUUCGGCGGUGCUCCCAAACUGGAGAAACUACGGUUCGUGUGGCCCAAGACCGACGAGCUCGGUGGUAACCCUUUUGAUAAGUGCAUUCGAGGUCUUUCUCCAACCCGACACACGCUAAGGAAACUUACCAUCUUGCCUGAUGCAACAUACGGUGGACCUAUCAACACAAGUUGGAUGAGCGCAGAUUUUAGUGCCUUCCCUGCUUUGGAGAUCCUGCGUAUACCUGCUCUAGCACUAUUCGAGGCGGUAUCAUGCUGUAGAUUGAAAGGGCACUAUGAACGUGCGAAGUGGGAAGAUAGGGGCGAUAUAACACAUCUGCUACCCUUGAACUUGCGGGAAUUGGAGAUGUGGUUCAAAUACCCCUCGGGUAUAUUUGCAACGGGUCAGAUAUAUCUCUCCUGGGUCCCAGAAUUGCCUGAGCACGAGAUGAUGCGGAGAUCAGGUUGGAUACUCGCCCUGCUUCAGAUGCAAAGCUUACGGAAGGUUCGACUGAGCGAGAUUCUUUGCGCUCAUAUUGCAGCUUGCGAAUCCGUAGUGAAGGCUGGUGGCUGGCCGAUGCAGAAGUAUGCGCUGCCGAAUGUGGUGGAACAGGCUUUCCUUGAGGCAGAGACGGCCCUGGAGAUUGAAGUGUUGAAGGGAGAACGGGGGUUUAAUUGCGAGUUCGAAAGUGGCUAG